AUGCAAUUGUUUCUCUGGUUGCUCGUGGCCGUGGCUGCCGCCAAAACCAUCUUGUUGACCAACGAUGACGGCUACUACGCCACCAACAUUCGUGCCACCUACUACAAGUUGAAGGAGGCCGGUUACAACGUCAUUCUUGUCGCCCCGGUGGUGCAGAAGUCUGGUAACGGUGGUAAGUUCGACUUGCCCGAAAACACCACUUUGCAACGAGACGGUGAAUUCGGCUACGUCAAGAAGGGUGCCCCCUCGUGGGACCACGAACCCGAUGACGACCACAUCUGGUACUUCAACGGUACCCCCGCCUCGUCGGUGGCGUUCGCCUUGUCGUACUUGAUCCCUCAAAAGUUUGGUAACAUCUCGGUUGAUUUGACUGUGUCUGGUCCUAACGAAGGUACCAACCUCGGCCCCGGUUUGUUCUCGAUCUCUGGUACCAUCGGCGCCGCCUACAACUCCGUGUACCGUGGUGUCCCUGCCAUUGCCUUCUCGGGUUCCAACUCGAACAACUCGCUCUACACUGACGACCUCGCUUUGAACGACACCAAGUCGCCUGCUACCAUCUACGCCAACAAGGUCGUCGAACUCGUCAACACCUUGUUCGCUGCCCUGAACAGAACCAAGCAGCCCGUGUUGCCUCUCGGCUACGGUGUUAACGUCAACUUCCCCCCUGUCGGCCACGAAACCGGCAGAGGCUCCAAGCACGGUGGCCAAGAAUGCUUGGACCCCAAGUGGGUCAACACCCGUAUCACCGGCAACGACACCUUGAUUCCCGAUGUCAAGAUCGAGGACGGCAAGCCUCCUAUCUGGAGCCCUAAGGCCUACCCCGGUGUCGAAGUGUGCAUCUUCGGUGACUGCUCGUACCCUCUGGAACAACACAUUGUCGAAAAGUCCGACAACUGCUCGACUUCGAUCUCGUUGUUCAGCAUUGACUACGACGCUGACACCGUCUCUCAACACGCCUUCGCCAAGGUGCUUACUCCUAUCACCGACAGCAAGGACAAGAAGAAGGAUGACAAGAAGAGUGACAAGAAGGACGACAAGAAGGGCAAGAACGACAAGAAGAACUAG